UCCCGGGCGGAACUGGGAGCUGCGGUCUGCACGGGCGGAACCAAAGCGCUGCCCCCACCCGGACCCUUUUCCCCGCCGCACUUCCGGUCUCCGCUUCCGCCUUCCGCCGCUUCCGCCGCGCCGCCGCUGCCGGCCCGAGGCGGGCGCGAGGCCCCAAAAAACAAAACUCCAAAAAAAACCCAAAAAACCCAAAAAAAACCCCCGGGGCUCGUUUGGAAUCCCGCUCCGGGUCCCCGCGGGCGCGGCCAUGACGCGGCACGGCAAGAACUGCACGGCGGGGGCCGUGUACAGCUACCACGAGGGGGGGGGGGACACGGCCGCCUCGGGCUACGGCACGCAGCGCGUGCGGCUGGGCCGUGACGCCAUCAAGGAUUUCGAUUGCUGCUGCCUGUCGCUGCAGCCCUGCCGGGACCCCGUGGUGACCCCCGACGGGUUCCUGUACGAGCGCGAGGCCAUCGUGGCGUACCUGCUGCACCAGAAAACCAAAAUCGCCCGCGAGACCAAGGCCUGGCAGCGGCAGCGCGCCGAGCGGCGCCGGCAGCAGCAGCAGCAGCCGGGUGGGGAAUUCGGGGUCAAACCCCAGAAAUUCGGUGUCAAACCCCAGAAAUUUGGGGUCAAACCCCCGGAUUUGGGUGACCGCUACGUGUGCGCGCUGACCAGUGACCCGCUGGGCAACGCCACGCCCUGCGCCGUGCUGAGACCCUCGUGA